GUGGAAUCUGCCGCGGGAAGAAGGACGCUAGGGUUUCUGGGGCAACUGCAGUCAUGGCGGCGGCUGCUCCCCGGGCUGGCGGCUCCGCGCCUGAGGUGGCGGGUUCCGCCGAAGCCCCGCUGCAGUACAGCCUUCUUCUGCAGUACCUGGUGGGUGACAAGCGUCAGCCCCGGCUCCUGGAUCCCGGAAGCCUGGGCGGGAUCCCGAGUCCGGCCAAGAGUGAGGAGCAGAAGAUGAUCGAGAAGGCGAUGGAAAGCUGCGCCUUCAAGGCAGCGCUGGCCUGCGUGGGAGGAUUUGUCUUGGGAGGUGCAUUUGGGGUGUUCACCGCCGGCAUUGAUACCAAUGUGGGCUUUGACCCUAAGGAUCCUUACCGUACUCCGACAGCAAAAGAAGUUCUUAAAGACAUGGGGCAGAGAGGAAUGUCCUACGCCAAAAAUUUUGCCAUUGUGGGCGCCAUGUUUUCUUGCACUGAGUGUUUGGUAGAAUCUUACCGGGGGAAAUCAGACUGGAAGAACAGUGUCAUUAGUGGCUGCAUCACUGGAGGAGCCAUUGGUUUCAGAGCUGGCUUAAAGGCUGGGGUCAUUGGUUGUGGAGGUUUUGCUGCUUUCUCUGCUGCAAUCGAUUACUAUCUACGGUGAGAGUGAUUGCCUCUGGGGAAGAACACCACCAGCCCAGGAUCAGAGCUGUUCUGAGGAAGGCAUUUUCUGCACCACUCCAGGGCACUUGCCUCAGACACCGAAGACAGUUGUUUUUCCUCAUAUAGUUGAUGUUGUGAGGGAGCCACCUGGCCACUGUACGCCUCCAGCCUCUGAGCAGCCACUGUCUAUUCCUGGACCCCAGCCAGGCUAUGUGGGGAUGUGCCAUGCCGGCCUCUCUUUCCAGCAGAUUAGGAGUCAGUGAGUAGACUUGUAGAAAUUAAGUUCCACAGAGAUUUGGUCCUGGCCCUGCCUGGCCCUCUGGUGGUUUGGUGCUGUGGGAACAGAGGUGACUACAUAGACCCAGAAAGGUGUUCUAUCUUGGAGCUCCAUGCAGUCAUACAUCUCACAUAUCAGGGCAAAGUAAAUUUAUGCCUUCUGUCAAUUAUGUCAUUUUGUUUAGCAUUCUGCUAUCUUCGUUAAAAAAAAUAUAUAUUUAUAUUACAGUUUAAA